CGGUUUCCCACCACUGCCUCCCCACCAUCAUGGCAGCUCAUCUCAAGAAAUCCGUCUGGUUCAUACCAAACAUUUCUAGUUCUAUCACCGCGUCUGAUAUCCUGCGCGCAUUUCAUCAAGUAUCUGAAACUGGAUGGGAUAUCGACGUCACGGUCAAGCCAUACAGAAAGCGUGGCGGCGGCGCCAAUGACCCUCUGACUGGUUUUUUCGCGCGCGUCAGGUUCAAGUUCUCUAGUGCUGGCUUGACCGAAAAGGCGCUUGUGACUAUGCACCAGCAAAUCUCUAUACCCGGUUCUGACUUUUUGGUGGCAUUUUCUCUCCACCCAGAGAGCGCCCCGUUUCCCCCACAAGGUGGAAUUCCCCGGCUAGUGAAAGGUCUUCCUCAGGGGUACACGGCCGGUCGACUCUAUGAUCUUUUGCGACCAAAAACCUCUGUAGCGUCUAUUCGUGUCCACGUUGAUUUUACGUCAGUGUGGUUUAACAAAGAAGAGGACAUCGUUGAGUCAGUACUGUUAGAAAACGGCUGCAAGCUCACGUUCCACGCAUAUGAACCUUUAACGUUGUUCUGUGCCGGCUUGGCGCGGGGAACUGACAUGGCGAUGCUUAGAAAUGCAUUCCUAGAUUGUGAAGGUAUUAAAGACAUAAGCAUCCCUCGGCAGAACAGAGGCUCGGCAUUCGCAUUUGUGUCUUUCAACACCGCUGAUCAGGCUUUUAUCGCAAAGAAAAAGGUGCACGGAACAACCGUCAACUCUCGGAGGAUCAGUGUACAAUACAGGGAGCACAAGAGGGCACCUGUCAAAGAACAGAAGGCCGAGAGUCCGGACGAAGCCAAAGAAACAGAGCUUCUUCCCUCUUCUGAGGUGCCUAAAGCAGAGGUUCAGCAGACCCAGACGACAUCGGACGAUUGCAGUCGGAUAAAGCACAUAGUGGUCGAUGGCAAAGUCUCCGAUCAGUGGAUUGAGAUAUGGAAGAAUGAAGCCGAAAGUUCAAAGGCCGAGCUCGUAAAAACGCGCGGACGAGUUGUUGUGCUAGAAGAGCAGUUGCAGCUGUUAAAGGAAGGAAGAGAUAAAAAACUUGCCGACAUUCAACGCUUGAACGAGCAAAACACCAAGUUGAAGAAGGAUCUGGACGUGCAAAUGAAGGCAGAAGAUAGGGAGAAGUUGCAAGUGGAGAUCAACGAUCUGAAACGUAGACUGGAGCUGUCAGAAUCGCGAAGGAAGAUACUCGAAAUGCAAGCCGACGCGCCGAUGUGGCAGGAAGCGAAGAAGAAGCGGGAGGCGGCGGAGAGGAAGGUAGAGGCGGAGAGGAAGAGGAAGGCAGAGCUGGAGGAGUCGAAAAGAAAAAUGAGGGAGAUACAAGAGACGGAGGCCCGCCGAAAGAAAGAAGAAGAAGCCGCAAAGAAGAGGGAGAAAGAGAAAAAGGAACGGGAAGAAAGGGAAGAGCAGGAGAGGAGACAGGGAAAAGCGCGCAAGGAGCAGGAAUGGCGGGAGGCAACAGUCAAGGAACGCGCCCGGUUGAAGAUGAUGGCUAACAACCUCUGGGGACUUGGCAAGUGGUCCGAUAGACGCGCUCUCGACCGUGUCCAGAUGCUUAUGGACGAGUUUGAGAACAUCAAGUUUUCAGAGAGUCAGCCUGCGACAUUUGAGGUUAUUCCGUGGCCUGUACUGCACGACCCGCUGCAACUCAAGGUGGGGCAGGUUGAUUGGGCUGGGGUGGAGGCCUUUUUUGUGACAGCGAGGGCCGAGUUGGAGGUAGCCGAAUACAAGAAGAUGGUCGAGAGGCUGCAUAAGAUGUUUCAUCCGGAUAGGUGGCGGGCGAGGGCAAUUUUGAAGACGGUGUUCGACGAAUUUCUCCGUCAUGCAUUGGAGGAAGCAGGGAAUACUGUAUCGCAGGCGAUGACGCCAUUGUGGAGGGCUUCGAAAGCGCUUUGAGGUGGUCUUCUAAGAGUAUAUUUUAUCUAUCUGCAUCAUCUUCGAAGGGAUUUCUGGCACUUGUACUACUAGUUGUAUCUUAUGGUAUAUGAGCAGGCGAACUGUUGACAGUCAAUUAUCAUCAGGCGAUUCAAGAAUG